AUGGAGAUGGCAGGCGCCGCAGGAACGAAAGCAUGGUUGCCGUACGUCACCACGCUGGCGUCCUGCGCCGUCGGCGUCUUCUUCCUGCUCUACUUCUACGCGCCACACUGGGCGGUCAGGGGCGUGCCGGGGCCGCCGGCGUUGCCCUUCGUGGGGCACCUUCCGCUGCUCGCCCGCCACGGGCCUGACGUCUUCGGCCUCCUCGCCAAGAAAUAUGGCCCGGUCUUCAGGUUCCAUUUGGGGAGGCAGCCUCUGGUGAUCGUCGCUGACCCGGAGCUCUGCAGGGAGGUUGGCGUCAGGCAGUUCAAGCUCAUCCCCAACAGGAGCUUGCCGGCGCCGAUCGCCGGCUCCCCUCUCCACCAGAAGGGGCUCUUCUUCACCAGGGAUGAACGGUGGUCGGCGAUGAGGAACACGAUCAUCUCGCUGUACCAGCCAUCGCACCUCGCCGGCCUCGUCCCCACCAUGCAGCACUGCAUCGAGCGCGCCGCGGACGCCAUACCGGCGGCGGGGGUCCAGCUGAACCGCGACGUCGACUUCUCCGACCUCUCGCUCAAGCUGGCCACAGACAUCAUCGGGCCCGGUGCGGCGGCUGCUGAGCCGUGUCCCGGCCUCCCGGGGACGGCCGACUGGAGGGUCGCGCGGACCAACGCGCGGCUCCGCGCGCGGGUGGACGAGAUUGUGGCGGCGCGGGCGCGCGGGCGCAGCGGCCACCACGGCGAAGGGAGGAAGGACUUCCUGUCAGCGGUGCUCGACGCCCGGGACCGCAGCGCGGCGCUGCGGGAGCUGCUCACGCCGGACCACGUCAGCGCGCUCACCUACGAGCACCUCCUCGCCGGGUCGGCCACCACGGCGUUCACGCUCUCGUCCGCAGUGUACCUCGUCGCCGGCCACCCGGAGGUCGAGGCCAGGCUGCUGGCGGAGGUGGACGGCUUCGGGCCGCGCGGCGCCGUGCCGACCGCCGACGACCUGCAGCACCGGUUCCCCUACCUUGAUCAGGCAUGUGACAUGACAACGCAGCGUCACGUGGUGACGUCUCGACAAACCGAGCUUGGAGGCCGCACGCUCCCAAAGGGCACGUGGCUGUGGAUGGCGCCGGGCGUGCUGUCCCGCGACGCCGCCAACUUUCCGGACCCCGGCGCGUUCCGGCCGGAGCGGUUCGACCUGGCGAGCGAGGAGCAGCGCGGGCGGCACCCGUGCGCACACAUCCCCUUCGGCAUCGGCCCGCGGGCGUGCGUGGGGCAGCGGUUCGCCCUGCAGGAGGUGAAGCUGUCCAUGGUGCACCUUUACCAGCGUUUCCUCUUCCGGCAGUCGCCACGGAUGGAGUCGCCGCCCGAGCUCCAGUUCGGGAUCGUGCUCAACUUCAAGAACGGUGUCAAACUCGUCGCAGUCGAGCGGUGCGCUGCCAUGCCGUAG